UUAUCCCCAACAAAAGAAUGAGUUUGUUUCUAUUGCAUCUCCUUCCUUCAUCCCCAAACAGCAACAUCAAGAGAUAGGACUCAAAUGGAGAGAGCUCUUCACAAACACUUCCAAAGCUGCAAUGGAAUGUUUCUUUAUUCCAAUUCUAACCUCUCCUCAUGUAAAAGAGCAAGAGCAGCAAAGCAAGAUUAUAAAUUAUCAAGAAGAGAUGUUUCAAAGUGCUUUUUGGGUACUUCCUUCCUUCUUAGCAAUCUGCCCACUGCUUCCAAACGUCAACAAAUCAAGGUAUAUGGAAGUAGAAGAAGAAGGGUGAAUCAAAGUAGUGAUACAUAUGUAUUAUUGGAGCCAGGAGAAGAAGAGAAAUUUGUUUCCAAAGAAGAAUUGGAAGCCAUUUUGAAAGGUUGGCUUGAAAAUUGGCCAACUCCCCUUCCACCUGAUCUCUCACGCUUUCAAUCCAUUGAGGAAGCUGUUUCUUUCUUGGUAAAGUCUGUUUGUGAACUCGAAAUCGAUGGAGAUGUCGGUUCGAUUCAAUGGUAUCAAGUUCGUCUCGAUUGACUCUCCGCGCAAACUUUUAACUUUGAUUAGUUUUUUGGCUCAUUUUCUGUUUGAGAAUAUAUGAAAGGAUAAACUAGUUUUAGAUAGAGCUUUUGAGUUCAAUGAUGAUUUAACGAUGUUUGUAAUCUUUCUAUAA